UCUACUCGCCUUUUCCGGUUCUUCCUCCCCGAGCACGAGCAGCCAGUCCCGUCCCGUCUCUAACCAUACAGCGCCGACGACGAGGAGGCCAUGUUGAGGGGGAAGAAGCCGCUCAAGGAUCUCAAGCUCUCCGUGCCGGCGCAGGAGACCCCCGUCGAUAAGUUCCUGACGGCGAGUGGUACAUUCAAGGAUGGCGAACUGCGGCUUAAUCAAAGCGGCUUGCGGCUUAUCUCCGAGGAAAAUGGGGAUGAAGAUGAAACAACAAAGCUGAAAGUGGAAGAUGUGCAGUUAUCAAUGGAUGAUCUUGAGAUGAUUCAAGUCAUUGGUAAAGGAAGUGGUGGUGUUGUCCAGCUAGUGAGGCACAAAUGGGUGGGGACACUGUACGCCUUAAAGGGUAUUCAAAUGAACAUUCAGGAAUCAGUUCGCAAACAAAUAGUACAAGAGCUCAAAAUAAACCAGGCAACACAGAGCCCUCAUAUAGUUCUGUGCCAUCAAUCUUUUUACCACAAUGGUGUAAUAUAUCUUGUUCUUGAGUACAUGGAUCGUGGAUCUCUUGCAGACAUCAUUAAGCAAGUGAAGACAGUUCUGGAGCCCUACCUUGCGGUACUCUGUAAGCAGGUCUUGGAGGGUUUAUUAUAUCUUCAUCAUGAAAGGCACGUGAUUCACAGGGACAUAAAGCCUUCUAACUUGUUACUCAACCGUAAAGGGGAAGUCAAGAUUACUGACUUUGGGGUAAGUGCGGUGCUAGCAAGCUCAAUGGGUCAGCGAGAUACAUUUGUUGGAACCUACAACUAUAUGGCGCCUGAACGGAUUAGCGGAAGCUCGUAUGACUACAAAAGUGACAUAUGGAGUUUGGGCUUAGUAAUACUUGAGUGUGCCAUUGGGCGGUUCCCCUAUAUACCUUCAGAAGGAGAAGGUUGGUUAAGCUUUUAUGAACUACUGGAGGCUAUUGUCGAUCAGCCACCACCUUCUGCACCUGCAGAUCAGUUCUCUCCAGAAUUCUGCUCAUUUAUCUCCUCCUGCAUACAAAAGGAUCCAGCUCAGCGGAUGUCUGCUUCAGAACUAUUGAACCACCCUUUCUUGAAGAAGUUUGAGGAUAAGGAUUUAGACCUGCGGAUUCUCGUGGAGAGCCUGGAACCUCCAAUGAAUAUACCCGAGUAACCCUGUCGUCAGCCUUCAUUGGGAUGCUUGGGCCUUUGUGUGUUUUCAGGGUCGCCCUCGACGACGCCCCUCGGCAUCAGGCUUCAGCACAUAUUCUCCUGAACUGCAACCUCCACAUGAACAUGCCAGAACAUCAUCGUAUGGUCCAAGUCCCUUUUGACGAGUUGAGCAUAAGAAUAGAGGGAAUCGCGCUUAGUUCCUUCUUGUCGCCUUUAUUGUAGCUAUUGUUGCGACGGGCCCUGUGAUUGUGAAGUCGUGUUUUACCUUGUCUUAUUAAGGGAUGAAUUGAAAUAUUCAAACCGUGCUUGCCAAUAUGCUGCGAGAAGGACCGCACCGCCUUUUACCGCAA